CCUGCAGUAGCCCGGCGUCAGCCGCCGCACCAAGGAUUACGUAGCAGGGUGUUCUCCUCUAGUCGAGGUUGCCCCCUCGUUAGACAAAUAAGCCAUACGUACAUACGUAAUCCUUGACUGACACGCAACUCUCUGCAGGAGCAGAAACCGUUUUUGUUACUAUUGUUGUUAUAUUUUUUUUUACAAUACACCUACAUGUCGUGAGAAAAUCGACCUGAACGGCAAUCGGGCUGCUGCACACCGGCAUUGACUCGAGUGGACUAUUUUUUUUUUUCAUCGUCAUCAAUCGAACGUGUCAAAUAAUGUGGACAGUGAUUGCCGGUGUAGUAAAAUAGUGAGCCUCGACUCCCGCGCCUCUUUACCGCUUCCGAAAGCGCCCGGAAAAGGACAGAGGAGGAGUAAAGGAACAAGAAGACAAGGAAGAAGUGACCGGGAAACGAAGUCCUUGCCGAAAGGAUGAGAGGGCUUAAAAACGGGGCACCGUGCAGCCCCGGCGAUAAAUUUUUAGCCUUGUAUAGUCAAAGAUCUACAUUCUGUCGUCUGAAAGCAGCUGGAUCACAGCUCUCGACAGUCGAAGGAAAACAGGAGAAAGAAUUGAGGACAAGCAACACAUCGCGAACGCGAUCGGUUCUCCAAAAUGGCGGAUGACAAGGAGAAACAAACGUUCCUGCAGAAGCUACUGUUCUACACGACCGCGUUCUUCAUUCUCCUCGGCACCUUCAGCCUCUUCGCCUUCCUCUUCUUGGUCCCAUUCGUCAUCGACCCUGCCUUCACGACAAUCUUCAUGCAGUUCGAAACACGGCCUGCCGAGUGUGUCACCAUCGACGUAGAGUCACGAAGAGGUACCCGUAACUGCUCGUGGACAUCGUGCAGAGAAGGUUGUACCAAAGAGUUAUACGAUUGUACACAAAUACGGGUGAACUACAAACUUCCGGUGAACGGUACGUCGGAACUAGAGGAUGCUCGACUAGACGGGGAGGAGGGCAGGGCGGGAGGAGGUGUCGAGGGCGACGAAGAGGCGAACGUUGCUCGUUCGAGACGUUCCCGGGCUUUGAGGGAAUACGAAUACGCCGAGGAGGUGAUCGAGGAUUUCGGCGAGGACGAUGAUUUUGAGUUGGCCAAGCCCUACCCGACAGGUUUGAUGGGCAACGACUCGGAGUGGUACUUCACCGGAGCGAAGCUAUUCCCGAACGUCAAGGGAUGCGGCUACCCACCGAUGCUCAACUGCAGCGUUUUCUACAAGCAAUACUCGAUCAUAGGGCACAAUUUUAGCUGUUACUACUCGAAGGUCGACCCCGGCAUCGUCAUCAGCGACUUGGACAUGUGGCAGGUCUACAUGAACCUCGUCUACGCGAUGGCCAUUCCGAUCCCAUCCUUCAUUAUAUCGGUGAUUUAUCUCACCAUCGCCUACUUCAAAAUUUACAACGAAGAGGAGGAGGUCCUGGUCGACGGCGAGGAGGUCGACGAGGGCAUCGACGUAGACGGCAGCAAUGCGACGCCCCUGCCGCCGACGAGCGGAGCUUUGACGCCCGGUAGCGAGGCCUUCAGAGAAGACUUGGCUAGCUUUGGGCAUCAGUUGAAAGUCGCGAUGGCCGACGACAUCAGUAGGGAAAGUCUUGAUGGAAUACCAAAUUCACUUUCCGUCCAAGGUGAUUUCGUUUAUUUUCAGAAACUUGAGCAAGACGAUGACGACGAGUAUCUCAACUCCACCUGGGCCGAUGGCGGCAGUUUGAAACGUCAUUUCCAAGGUCUGAAUAACAUUUCGUGGAAGCCCCACUAGGCCCAAAAAUACACGGUUGAGUAUCCUUAGAGAAGAAACAUGAUAACAUUACAUUGCAUAUACGGAGAAGUGAAUAAAUUAAUUUAUACGGAUUCUAUCGAAAUAAUAAGAAAAUUAACAAAAAUAAACAAAAAAAAAAAAUCAAUCAUCAUAAUUGACGUGCGCGUGUAGAACGGCAAACGGAGCAAUACGAAUAACGAAAAUAAAUAAUAUUAUCAUAUGCAUUUCGCACGAUGCUAAGGAAUUGGCCGGAAAAUAAAUCAUUAUAGGUACAUACUCGUCGCGACGCCUCAAGUAUCGAUUACCCGAACACGUAAUCCAACCGAGUAUACUUGUCGAAAUAUUACAA